AUGAAGCUGAUGGCCCUCCAGCUGCUCCUCUGGCACAGUGCACUUUGGAUGGUGCACGAAGCGACUCCCCUGGGCCCUGCCCACUACCUGCCCGAGACCUUCCUGCUCAAGUGCUUAGAGCAAGUGAGGAAGAUCCAGGCGGAUGUCCUGGUCCUGCAGGAAAGACUGUGUGCCACCCACCAGCUGUGCCACCUCGAGGAGCUGGUGCUGUUCAGGCACUCUCUGAGCAUCCCCCAGGUGCCCCUGGGCAGUUGCUCCAGCCAGGCCCUGCAGCUGACAGGCUGCCUGGGGCAGCUCCACAGUGGCCUCCUCUUCUACCAGGGCCUCCUGCAGGCCCUGGCAGGAGGCCCCCCCGGGGUGGGCCCCACCUUGGACGUGCUGCAGCUGGACAUCACCGACUUCGCCACCAACAUCUGGCAGCAGAUGCAAGAGCUGGGGAUGGCCCCCGGAGUGCCGGCCACCCAGGGCACCAUGCCCACCUUCACCUUCACCUUCACCUCGGCCUUCCAGCGCCGGGCAGGGGCCUUCCUGGUGGCCUCCAACCUGCAGGGCUUCCUGGAGCUGGCGCUCCGUGUCCUGCGCUACCUCUCCUCGGAGCCCUGA